AUUCCACAGAACAAAAAUUGUUGUUCGAACAAACAGAAGCGUUUCAGCUACUCUAGUAAAUUCAUUACAGUCAAAAGAGGCGUACUGUAAGUUGUUAAACGGUUUCUCUGCUUGACUUUUGCGGUUCGUGAAGCUUCUCAUCGUGGCGUGGCGGCCAUCAUUGGAUUUGGCGGGAAUCCAACCCGAAAGGUUUUCACGCGGACCAAUGCGCGGCUUUUGUCUGUGAAACAUGCACUCCAUUUUUAAACUUGGGCAUUUUAAUGCGCCGCUGUACACGAUUUGAUACAUUAUCAGCUCCUAGGCCGUAGAAUAUCCAUAUUUUCAGGAACUUCGGCUGGGAAAUGUUGGCUCCGCCCCUUCUGCUUGGCUAACCAAUCAACUUAAAUCUCCUUUCCGCGCGGGAUUUUGUAAAUAUUUUGUUGGCGGUAAACAACGUGAAGUGUUCCCGCCUGAUGGAGUGUACGUGUUGCAAGUUUGGAGGCCGAAUUUUCUUGAUUUGGGAGUGCCAUUGAAACUUUCUCUGCAUAAAUCAUGGCUGGAAAUGUGACUGAGAACCCGGCGAUGCCGGAUUCGAUGUUAUAUCCGUGGAAUUGGGCUGAAGAUGCCCGAAAAGGCGACUUUGGAAGUCCGGCCAGCUCGUGCGGCUCUCCGGAUCUGGCUUCUGCGAGGUCGGAGUUGAAACGCGGCCGCCCCCGGGCGGACGCUAUCACCAAUUUGAUGAAGGCAGGAACAACUUCUCCGAGUGCCAUCAAGUGCCGAUACUGCAACCGGGUAUUUCCUCGGGAGAAAUCGCUUCAGGCGCAUCUUCGGACCCACACCGGUGAACGUCCAUAUGUGUGUGACUAUCCCGGAUGUACGAAGGCUUUCUCUCAAAGCGGUCAGCUCAAAACUCACCAACGACUACACACUGGGGAAAAGCCUUUCAAAUGCACAGGGCCUGGAUGCUCAAAGCGUUUUGCUCAUGCCAAUCGCCACUGCUCUGCUCACCCCUAUGCAACUUUAACUCGCUGUGAUGAUUAUGUAUUGAGACCUAAAGUGGCCAACUCCGAUCAAGCAACUGAUGUUAUGGUUUGGUUCGAAAAGUACUGUAAGGAGCGGGAUGAAAGAACUCCGUGUAAAGUUAUUGAUAAUCCAAAUCCAAAAGCUCGCAAGCGAUGCAACAGCAACAACUCUCCCAUCAAAACGAUUGAUGAAUCGUUGGUUGGGGAAUCUGUGACUGGGUCCAAAUCACGAGCACGGAAGGGCCUCAUGGCUGAAAUCGAGCAACAAGAAAAUCGCCUGUCAUUUCCUUCUAGUAUGCCCCUCACUCCACACACACCUAUCAGAAGCACAAUUCUUGGAGCAUCUACCAGCACUCCUCAGUGUGGUACUUGGUCAACAUUUUCUCCUGGCUCUGACACCGAUUACUGUGAUUACCUGGACAACUCUGUAGAAGUUGACUCUACCAGAAAACCAGCUGAAGUUUUUAACACUAGAGUAAACAAUGCACAGCAGUCCUCUCCUGUUUCAUCACGUCUCCAACAACCUAAGAAGAGGUGGCUUCGUGCCGCCUGCCAAGAGCUCAGCUUGUGGGAGGACACAGACAAACAGGAACUUGCUCGUCCUUUGAAAUGGGACAACAUUGAGGACCCAGCACCGAGUGUGGUGGAAGACCCCUCACGACUGGGCUGCAAGGCUGUGCAGCCAGACUUGGGCAAUCUCGGCAGGCCCACUGUUCUCAUGUUGGCUGGACGUGACAGUUGUUUGCUGCCUACCCAAGCCAUCCCAGUGGAUCAGUGCAGACCUACCAAUGUUCCACCAGUACUUCCUGUCAAGACAGAAGACAAAAAGCUGAUGGGAGCUUUGGCCUUGAUGCAGCUCUCCAAAGCCCAGACUCAGGAGAAAGAAAGCAGAGAGAGCAGCAACAGUGUGCCCAGAAGUGUCCCAAUGCAGUACCUCCAGUUGUGAAGACGUAGCUCUGCAGUUAAAUUUAGUGUUGGAUGAUCCAUUUCAGUCAGCUAAGUUGUAGUACAUCCUGUCCUUUUAUUAUUUUUUUAAAUUUACAGUAGGUUUACUGUAAUUUGAGCUUUAACUUGAAUAUGGUCUGAUUGUAGUCAUGGAUAGAGUCUCUAUCAGUUAAAAAGUCAUGUUAGUUAUGACUCUUUUUUAUGUGCCUUAAUCCUUGUCUUUUUUCAAAGCUGUGUAUUCAUUUUACACAAUCAUUGUUGUGAACCGCGGUUCUAAGUUUUAUUUUCAAUUAGUUUGAUCUUUUGUUUUGUUCAUGAUUUGGAAUUCAUAAGACCAGAAAUCAGUGACAGAAGCUCCUCUAAUUUUUAUGUUAAUGGGCCAUGAGUUUUUACUGAUUUGUUAGUCCACAUGGAUGACAUACCUUUGUUUUUGUCAAAAAUGUCUAUUGUCGUUACUUUAUUAGAUAUGUUGUUUUGACCAAAACAGAUUUUGUCGCCUUUCAUGUAAUUUUAAGGUCUACAGCCUUUUCAUGUUUUUUCCCUUAUGUUUUUUUUUUUUUUUAAUUGUGAAUGUAAAUUGUUUAUUUGAUCAAAUUACUAUUAUGUAUACAUAAUUUUUGAUGUACAUUAAUAUUAUCAGGGUUUUUCCUGCUGAAAUGAAUAUCAAACAAGAUAUGGCUAAGUAGUAGUUCAAUGAUAUUUCAUCCGUUUGGCAGCAGGAGGUAAUUCAUUUAUUUUUGUAUUUCUUUUUUACCCAGGACACUGUCUGAAGCAGGUGUGAUAUUCUGAGCUGAGAUGUGUUGAAGUUUUACAUUCAUUUUCCCUUGUAAACAUGGCACCUGCCAUGUGAAAAUGUUAGUGACACAUCAAUCUAAUAUUUUUUCUAAAAUUUUUCUUAGUUCAUGGAAAAUUUGAAAAAGUGUCAGAUUGAUCUGUCAUUGAAUUUAAUGUACUUGUUGUCUUUUGCCGGUUGAAUUUUUUAUUAUUCAAUGGGUUGUUAAAUUUGAAUGAGGACAUCUCAAAAUCUUGACAAUAUGUUCUCACGUUUUUAUUAAAUCUUUAUAAGGUCAUGUUGAGUGGGUGGCUAGUAACAUCUCUCCUACCUCAGUCUUCCAUAAGUAACCUUCUAUUUUGGUCAAGUUGUCUGCUAUGUUUGUAAGUGGUGGUAAUGAAGUAGCAGUAAACUGUGUGAUACGAAAUUUCGCUUACGUGAAGUGGAGUUUUUAGGUGAUGUUACCAUUUUAAUAAAAGAUCAAAAUUA